AUGAAUACAACGGUUCUCACUCAUUCUGCACAACUUUCUAUAAGCGAUCACAAUAAAUCGCUCGGAAAAGUUAAACAAUAUCAUAGUACUUCGGAUUUGUUUGUCGAACCGGACGAUAUAACCUUUACACCCUUAGAUCCCGAUCCCAUGCUCGCAGAUUUACCUUAUACCUCAAGUACUGGUUCGGUCAGCGGCUCAACCGUUAUUACCAGCCCUGCGCCUUCUUACAUGGCCCACCUUCCUUCAAAGUUAAAAUCUUUUUUUAGACUAAGCGGCGGUCAUAAAAAGGAAUCUUCGAUGAGUUCCGUUAAUGGUGAACAUGGUUCCUCCUCAUCUUUAUCAUCCGUUUUGUCAAACGAUAGUGAAAAGUAUUCUGUUAAUGAUUGUGUUCAAAAUGAGGGUUCGAAACCUGAAAAAAAUAAAACAAUUG